UCUUGCAUUAAAAUGACAUUAAAUUAGCGCGUGCUUUUAAAGAUCUUUUAUAAAUUUAACUAAAAAUAUAAUAUACAAUGUUUUUUUUUCUAUUAUUUUGUGUAUAAACCAUAGUCAUAGCAUCAUUAUACGACUGUAAGUUGUUCUCGAAAUAUCCUUUAGCAGGAAUCAGUAUGGAUCCGACCACUUUCCUCUCCGGAAAUGCAAGAAUUGUCAACCAACAGCAUCGAGUUCCCGGUCUGAUCAAAGACGGGAACUCGAUCUGGACUCUGAUCCGGAUUAAUCGAACUAUUAAUUCGCUGAUCUGAAAAUAUAAAAGCCUACCGACACCUAGACCUUCUGAGCAGUUGCACCUCGACGAAUGAACAAUGUUGAAGGUUUUGUUAGUCCUGACAAUUCUGUGCGGUUCCGUUUUUACGGAAGAAUCUCCGGAAGAAACGAAGCAAAGGAAACGAGGUAUCUUGGGUGGUAGCGACGGAUGGAUUGGUAUACCAAAUCCCCAUUCUUAUGGAUAUGGACAACCAUGGGCAGAUCAUCAUAAUCCAUGGAAAAAUAUUAAAUUUGAACAUAUCAAUUUACACCAUGGAGGAUGGAAUGGAGGAUUUGGAAGUUACGGAAAAGGCGGUUUCGCUUUACCACCUGGUGCCGGCCAUGGACCAUUAGUGAAGACACUUCCUGUAUAUAUAACGAAACAUGUGGUUUUGGAAAAACCAGUUCCGGUUCCUGAACCAGUAUAUAUAGAGAAGCCGUACCAUAUACCGAUAGAAAAAGUGAUUCCAGUACCGGUCGAGAAAAUUAUUCACAAGCCAGUACCUGUACCUGUUCCAGUUCCACAGGCAAUUCCAGUUCCCGUGGAACACCCUGUGCCAAUACCGGUGAAACAUCCUGUAGCAGUACCAGUUCAUCAUCCUUAUCCGGUACCGGUGAAACAAGGAAUACCGAUACCAGUACCAGUUCCGGUUCCGGUACCUCCACCAUAUCCUGCGGUAUUACCUGGUCCAUUGUACGGUAGAGGUUUUCCAGCCGGUCCAUUCUAUCCAGGAUUACAUGGUCAUGGCUUUGCCGGUCAUGGUUAUGGUCAUGGUUAUGGUCAUGGUUAUGGUCAUGGAUUUGGUCAUUACUUCGGUCUAGGACAUGGCUACGGAGGUCACGGCUACGGAGGUCACGGCUACGGAGGUCACGGCUACGGUGGUUAUGGCUACGGUGGUCACGGGUAUGGCCAUGGAGGUGGCUACGGCUUUGGUGGUCAUGGCUAUGGUGGCCACGGACAUGGUGGCCAUGGUUAUGCUCAUGGUUAUGGACACGGGUCGUAUGGAUAUAACCACCCUCAUCACUACGAUCAUGGUUAUGGACACGAACAUAAAGAAAAACGAAGUAAACAGUAAAAUAAAUUAUAAUAGGAAUAAUUAGAGUAUCUUA